UCUCCUGGAUGUUGCCAAAGCCUGAAAUAUCUUCUGUCUUAACUCUUUGUUACUACUUGCUGGGAUCCUCUGCCCUGAAGAGGCACUGGAAUAAAGAUGGGAGAGGGGCUUAAGCUUGUAGAAAGAAAACACUGAAAGCUGAUCAGGCCCUUGUUCUUUUUAUAUGAGAACAGGAAGUCAGAUCACAAAGCUAAGAGGGAAAUUGAGAAAAAGGGGGAAGGGAAGAGAACAUUUGCAUGUCAGCUACUGCCAGCUUAACUACGGAGGAGCUCAGUCAGUGAUGAUUACUGCCUCUGAAGGGUCAGGCAUGUAUAUUCCUGAAUUCCAAACUAUUGAAAUAGUUGGGUUGUAAAUGACACCGUGGUCAGUUUCGUGGCUUCCCCAGCAUUCAAGUGAGACGGAAAGGCAACCUGCCCAAGCAUGCAGCACUGCCCCUGAAUCAGCCCUGGAGCUGCAGCAGAGCAGCCACUGUCACAGCCUCUCGAGUCAUACUCAGGUCAUGAUGGUGCCGUUGGGGCACCUGGCCAAAGGAGCCACUUUGGAAGACCUUCUUGAAACCUGCAUUCAGUCUUUUGAUUUAGAAGGAAAUGCAUGUCAAAACAACCAGCUGCUAAAAAUAAUUCUGGCCAUGCAUCAGUUUUUCAUCUCCUCUGCAGACAUGCUUCAGAAACUUGUUGAUCUCUAUCUUAAUGCUUUAGAAAAUAACUCUUCCAUGCUGUGUGUGAAGAUCUGCUAUUUUGUGAGGUAUUGGAUUACAGAAUUCUGGAUUAUGUUCAAAAUGGACUCUAAACUAUCCACAGCUAUGGAGGAAUUUCAAGAAGUGGUUCGAGCUAAUGGUGAGGAGUUACAUUGUCGUCUAAUUGACACAUCUCAAAUAAAUUCCAGGGAUUGGUCUAGAAAGCUGACACAGCGUGUAAAGGCCAACACCAGUAAGAAACGGAAAGUGUCACUUCUUUUUGAUCACCUUGAGCCAGAAGAGCUGUCAGACCACCUUACCUAUCUUGAGUUUAAGUCUUUCAGAAGAAUAUCAUUCUCAGAUUAUCAGAACUACAUUGUGAAUAGUUGUGUGAAAGAGAACCCAACAAUGGAAAGAUCGAUUUCUCUUUGCAAUGGUAUCUCUCAGUGGGUGCAGCUAAUGGUGCUCAGCAGACCAACACCACAGCUUCGGGCUGAAGUGUUCAUCAAGUUUAUUCAUGUUGCACAGAAGCUCCACCAGCUGCAGAAUUUCAACACAUUAAUGGCAGUGAUAGGAGGUCUCUGUCACAGUUCCAUUUCCAGGCUCAAGGAAACAAGCUCAUGUGUUCCUCAUGAUGUAAUUAAGGUGUUUAAUGAAAUGACAGAAUUGCUUUCGUCUUACAGAAAUUAUGAUAGUUACCGACGUGCCUAUAACGAGUGCAGUAACUUUAAGAUCCCAAUCCUUGGAGUCCACCUGAAAGACCUGAUAUCCCUUUAUGAGGGCAUGCCAGACUACUUGGAGGACAAAAAAAUUAAUGUAUACAAACUAUAUUCUCUCUAUAACCACAUAGAUGAGCUGAUACAACUCCAGGAAAUGCCACUUCCCCUAGAGGCUAAUAUGGACCUUGUUCACUUGCUUACACUGUCCCUUGAUCUUUACUACACAGAAGAUGAAAUUUAUGAACUUUCAUAUGCACGAGAGCCACGAAGUCACCGAGCUGCUCCUAUGACACCUUCCAAACCACCAGUAGUUGCAGACUGGGCCUCAGGAGUGGCCCCAAAACCUGAUCCAAAAACCAUCAGCAAACAUGUUCAGAGGAUGGUAGAUUCUGUCUUCAAAAAUUAUGACCAUGAUCAGGACGGAUACAUCUCCCAGGAAGAAUUUGAAAAGAUUGCUGCCAGUUUCCCUUUCUCAUUUUGUGUAAUGGCUAAGGACUGGGAAGGUCUGAUUAGCAGAGAUGAAAUAACAGCUUACUUCAUGAGGGCUAGCUCAAUCUAUUCCAAAUUAGGACUUGGCUUUGCUCACAACUUCCAAGAGACCACUUACUUAAGGCCCACUUUUUGUGACAACUGUGCUGGAUUUCUAUGGGGAGUCAUUAAACAAGGAUACAGAUGCAAAGACUGUGGGAUGAACUGUCACAAGCAAUGCAAAGACCUGGUUGUGAUAGAGUGCAAGAGAAGACCCAAAACUUCAGUUGCAGACAGCAGCCCAACAUCUGCUCUUGCUUCAAGCCUCUGCCCAGUAGGAGUUAAAGAACAAUUCCCUGGACAAGAAGAAGGAUCAUUCACCUUUCCUAAUGGAGAAGUAGUGGAGCACAGUGAAGACAGCAAGGAUAGAACCAUUAUGCUCAUGGGUUCCUCAGCUCAGAAAAUCUCAGUGAGACUGAAACCAGCUGUGAUUCAUAAAAGUACACAGACUGAUCCUGUACUGCUGGCUGGUGAUGUAUCUCGUAAGCGGAGAGAGAAGAAAGAACAGAGGAUGCCAGAAAAUCCUUAUCUCCAGGCAGCCCCAGCAUCCGCGUUUCCAAGCCCAAUCCUAGGCCGCAGAAAGGCAUUUGUUAAAUGGGAAAACAAGGACUCCAGCCAGAAAAUGAAGGAGGAGCAUCACAGCUGUAAACCCUCAUACCAGGAACUUGAGCAGGAAAGGAAUAUUCUAAAGGCAGACAAUGAAGGUUUAAAGAUCCAACUGGAACAGGCACACAAAACUAUUGAAUCUCUCACAAUCCAGAAAAGAAACCAUGUAGUUGAUGGUCUGCAGCACAGAGACUGCUCCUAGCAGAUGAGAGGAAAAUCUUCUAAGGAAUAGAAGAAUGUAAGACUGAAAGAGGGGCUGUGAUAAAGCUGCUUACCAAGUGAACUGGAGAGAGAAUCUGAAGGAUAUUAAGUGGAAAUGUUCUCUUCACUCAACACAUUUCCCUUUUAAACAUGCACUCCCAAAUGUAUAAAAUAAUUUUGACCUUGUAAGGAAAUUUAGCAUUAUCUGUGCAAUGAAAGUGGUAUCUUCUGGGUUUGCUUUUAAAAGGAGUGAGAGUGUUGUUGAAGUCUCUAUUCCUGUUGAAGACCAUAUUGAUUUCCCUGUGACUUACUUGGCUGCCAGCAGCAUACCUUACUGUACAAAUGUUCUGAAAAAGUAGCUAUUCAUAAGACUGGGUCACCUUAUAUUUGCCCCAAACUCAGUUUCAUGAAGCUGAGUAAGUGAAACUGUAGGAAAACAAUUCCUUCUUAGAGCUGAAACCAAUUAAAAACAUUAAGUGAAUGGUCCCAUUUAAUUCAAAAAUUAACGAGAAAAUUAAAGUAAGUAGCUAAGCUAAUGAUAUUUGAUUGAUCCAUACACUUUAAGAUAAACUGACAGUUUUUUUAAGCAUCUUUCAGAUGGCUUCCAUGCCAUGACUUGAAACAUUUAAUUCCACUUAUUUGGCUUAAGGGUUAACUUGUCCUUACAACAAGUUAUCCAUACAGUCGAUAUGGGAUAAGAUUGAUUAUAUUUCUCUCCCAUCAAAGUAGGUGCCAUUGUUGAGCACAACCUUUAGAGCCAUAUUAUGAGGGAAACUGUACAGCAAUCCCUGUGCAACAGCUACUGCAUUUCAGCGCCCCUUAACAAGAUUUCUCCAUUUUCUCUCUCCUAGAUUUCACAUGCACUUUACAUAAAGUCUAGUGUGCUCCUAUGUCUGUAAAUUUUGUAUAGUAAUAGGUGCAAGGGAGGUAACUUAAAGACACAAAGUGUAUAUACUGUUUAAAAUAAAACAGUCUUUCAAGUUACUGAUAAAUCUACUUGUCAAAAUAGCCUAUUUGAAAAUUGCAUUUGCAUUCCAAGAGAAUCUGUACACUUAAAGAGUUGUAUAUUUGUCAUCACACAAACAUCAUAAAGUCCACUUAAUGCUCAAUACUUCUAAAUUAUCAGUUCCAUUAUACAUUGAAAUUUAGUCAAUGAAAAUAGUACCUGUGCUUCGUGUUCAAAGUGGCAUAAAUAAACAUUCCAUCCACAAUUUACAGUCAUUAUCAACUAUACAAAUGCUUUAUUUAUGAAGUUAAUUUGAAUGUACUUGCCAGUUUAGUGAUUCACAAUUGUCUGGAAAUUGGAUUGUGCUUGCAACUCUGUGUAUAAGUAAAAACAAAUGGAGGGAAAGAGUAGUAGUAGUAGAUUUUCUGUAACAUUAAUGUAAAUAACUGAAAUGCAUAUAAAAACAGCUCUAAAGACUGUGCAGCUUUUUAAACUCAUACACUAAACCUGAAUUAACAAGUAACAUGGAAUUGCACUUUGGUCAGUGAAGCAAUCAGAAUGACUGUCAGGUCAUGUCUGCAAAAUUGGUUUGCCCAUUUUCUGUGAACUUCUUGAUUUUGUCCUCUAUUCAGGGAACUACAGCAAGGUGUAUUUCUAGUAGGCAUUUAGCAAAUAAAUGUCUGUUUCUACAACUAUUAAACAAGAUAAAAGUUGAAUAUAUUUUCACUUACUUAAAAGAUACUCCAGAGGAGCAGCUAAGCCUCAUAAAUCUUCUUGUACAGCCAAGGUAAGUGCUCACUGGUGGUCUAAACUCUGGAUUUGAAUAGAGUUUGUGUGUAUACAUAUUCUUUGUCUAUGAUGGAAUGUGGAGUUCAUGAACAAAACCUCAUAGUUAAAAGGAAAAUUCCCUAAUAUCAGCAGCUAGCUCAAAGGCUACUGUAUACCUAACUACUUAAUAUUCCAAACUGAGUUAUGACCACAGAUUUGUACAGUCCUAAGUGCUAAGUUAAUGUUUCUGUGACGACUGCUUGUUCAAUCUGAAAGAUUUAAAAGGGAGCUGUUUGCAGCAAUGUUGUUCAGAGCAAGUGUGCAGUGCUUCAUGUGUGCUGAAAACUUCCUGCUUCGAAGUCAGCUGAUACCUGGAUAACUUCAGAGCUCUCUACGUACCUUCAGGUUCUCCAUUUGCCUAAAGCCCCUAAAUUGUCUCCUUCCUCCCCACCCAACCCCCCCUUUUUUCUUUUCUUUUUUUUCCCCUAAAGUGCUGUUAGUCCCUUCUCUUCUGGUACUUCCCUUUUCCCCGUAUGAAAGACUUAACAGUGGAACCUGACUACAGGGAAACUUAAAACUGACAAUGCUACCCAGAAAGAAUCACUUGCCUUUGUGUUAAUCUUCAAGUUGCUUUAUGUUAGGAAAAAGAGACACAAUUAAAAGUGCUGUUUAGAAGUCAUGUUAUCAAACAGUGAUACUGAAAUUUACCUUGUCAUGGCUAAGUCAAAUGGAAACACUCUUCUCAAAUGGAAACUUCCUCCUCUAGGUCCAGCUCUACUUACAAGAAGGCAGAAAGAACAAGCACCAUUCCCCAUUAUUUUUUAAGCGUGAAUUCUGAUUGUUUAAAGUAAAUAGACUUGAGUAGUAUCAUAAUUUACAAGGCAGGGCUACUGUUCAUAUUCAGGUUAAAUACACUUGCUUUUAGAUUAUCUCAUAUAUGUUUUGGAACUAUGUUUUUGUUCUAGCAGCAUCUGUUAUUUUGUUGUAGCUGAUCUCUGUGGCAACUUGAAAAAGUUUAAUGCUGUCUGAGAAGAUUGAAAAAGUGUACAGAUUGUAAAGAUUUUAUAUAAAUAGUAAGACAUUGGUUUAAUAUUUAUAAUAGAAAAAUAUUAAAAUUGCAUUUCAUGCCGCCUCUGAUUUUGUAUCUCAGAGAAAUCUAUACAACCUAUACUCAUCUUUCUUGACUGUCAUCUGAGAUCCUUCUGCAGCAUUAAUCUAGUAACAGUGUCUAGACCAGCUUCACCUUCUCUAAGCCUUGGAAUGAUGCCUGGGAAAACUUAAGAAGCUAGGAAUUUGCAGAUUGUUUGGUAUUUUAGUGGUUGACACAGUACAAACACUGUGUUGCUACUCACUAUUCCAAGCAUUACAAAGCACUUGUCUUUGUUAUCAUAUUCUCUCACUUUUGUUAAGAAUGCUGAUUUUGAAAAGAUUCCACAGCACAGUAGCCAAGUUUAAGCAAGGCUUCUGUUAUGUCUGCUAAUGCUGCCUAUUGCACAGGCAGAACUGUAGCACCCUAGACUUGCUAUUUACCUUAUAGUAAACUUCAAAAUACCAUAUCCUAAAUUGGUUUAUAUAUGGGGAAAUGGGCAUCCAUUCAGUUAUCUUCAAUCAUGUGAGGGAAGACAACAAAAGGUGAAACUCCUAUUUGUAUGGCAAAUCUGCUCUACAGUCUUAUGCAAAACAAGUUGUGUUUUUUUCAUAAUUAUAGAAAGUAAUAAAGUAAAACCUGAGAA